AUGGAUAAAGAGAGCGGCGCUGGAGAAAUAAUUGUUGCAAGUGUUGAAGAAGGCAGCAGGCUGUAUGGAAUAAAAGUAUUGAGCCGAGAUAAUCAAAAAAUUGACAAUCGUCAUCCUUGCCGGAAUAACAAUGGCUAUUGCCAAAAGUUUUGCUUCCCUGUUCCAUCCAACAACAGCCAAGGACCGGAUCUCGCUGUCAAAUGUGGUUGUCCAUACGGUGAGCGUCUUGCCAGUGAUAAUCGAACCUGUCAGUCAGAUCCACAUGCUGAACCACCUGUUCAAGCCUGUCCUAAUUCUUGGGAUUUCACCUGUGACAAUCAAAGGUGCAUACCUAAGACAUGGGUUUGUGAUGGAGACGAUGAUUGCCUGGAUAAUUCUGAUGAAAUGCAAAAUUGCACAAAGACAACGUGCGGACCUCGUGAAUUCGGCUGUGGUAGUGAGCGAUGUAUACCACUGUCCUUUAGAUGUGACUCCGACAACGAUUGUGGAGACCAUUCUGAUGAAAUGGGAUGUGUUAAUGUGACUUGCGAAGCUGCUGAAUUCCCAUGUGAGAAUGGGAGGUGUAUUCCUAAGUCUUGGAAGUGCGACUCUGAAAAUGAUUGUGGUGAUGGAUCUGAUGAAGGAGAUUUUUGUAGUCCAGCCCCUGAAAGCUGUCCAAGUGGCAAAUGGGCUUGCCCCGAGGUUACGGGUCAUUGUAUACCCUUGACUAAGGUUUGCGAUCAAACUUCAGAUUGUCCGAAUGAUGCUGAUGAAGGUCCUGGAUGUAAUUUUGAUGAAUGUGCAAUGCCUGGACUUUGCAGUCAAGAGUGUAUAAAUACAAAAGGUUCAUUCAAAUGCCAAUGUCAGGAUGGUUAUAUUCUUACCGGUGAUCGGCAUAGUUGCAAAGCUUUAAAUUGGAGCAGUGCAUAUCUGGUUAUUUCGAAUCGACGCUCUAUAUUGGUUGCUAACUUAAAUACCACCACACUGGAAAGAGUCCUUGUGAGAGUUGAGAACGUGGUUGCUACAGCUUCAGAAAUGGCCACUGGCACUAUUUACUGGUCUGACAUGGUGCUUAAGAAAAUAUUUCGUUUGAAGAAGGGAGGAGAUCCUGAAGUGGUUGUUGGAAGUGGUUUGGAUCUUGUUGAAGGACUUGCUGUAGAUUGGAUAGGAAAAAAUCUCUACUGGGUAGACUCUCGUCUAAAGACUGUAGAUGUUUCAACUUUGAAUGGAGAACAUCACAUGGUUUUGUUAAAUGAAAAUAUAAGCCAACCUAGAGGACUUUCGAUCGAUCCAAGUGAAGGGGCACGUAUAAUGUUUUGGACAGAUUGGGGUGAAAACCCAAGGCUUGAAAGUUGUGGAAUGGAUGGAACGCUCAGGAAAGUAAUAGUGCACACAAAAAUAUUUUGGCCAAAUGGACUCACCAUCGAUAUUCCAAACAAACGUGUAUAUUUUGCAGAUAGUAAAUUGGACUACAUCGAUUUUUGCAACUAUGAUGGAUCUGGGCGUCAUCAAGUCUUAGCCAGAAAUCAUUAUCUUCUUCACCCUCAUUCUCUCACUGUUUUCGAAGACACCUUGUACUGGACGGAUAGACAACUCAACAGAUUACUGUCAUGUCAUAAAUUCAAAGGAACAAAUCAGACUGGUAUCACAUCUAGUCAGCCAACCUCUUGGCAUUCAUCCAUAAAUCCAUGUGAAAAUGCAACUUGCAGUCAUUUGUGUCCACUUUCGCCAUCUCAUUCUACUGGUUACACGUGCAAAUGUCCUCCUGGCUUUGGUAGAGAUACAAAAACAGCAGAAGGAAAUUGUGUUCCUGUUGAUACUCCAUAUCUAAUGGUAAUGAGAACCACACAGUUGGUGGACAUGAGUUUGACUCUUGGUGACAAAAUGACUGGCUAUUUUACACCAGUGAUUAGCAUAGAAAAUGGCUAUGAUUUUGACUAUGACAAGAAAAAAGGACACAUCUACUACAUUCAAUUGGAAGAAGAUGACAAAGAGAAUGGAACAAUAUACAGAGUAUCAUUAAGUGGAGGAAAUCAAACCAAGUUUCUUGCAGAUGGCUUUGUUGGGGCUCCCUAUGUUCUGGCAUUUGACUGGAUCGGAAGAAACAUUUAUAUUGGGAAUCGAAAAUCGUCAAAUUUUGAAGUUGUUAAAGUUGAUGGUGAACAAGAUUUCCGUCGAGUUAUUUUGAGCAAUGAUGGUACAGAAUUUGGUGUUGCUAAGCCAAAAGCUGUGGUAUUAGAUCCUGAAGGCGGGACAUUAUUUUGGUUGGAUGAAGGCGGUGUAGGUGUUCCCAUGAAGAUUGCAGCAGUAAAUAUGGACGGUAAUAAUUCUCGCACUCUGCUGAAAGAUGGGCUCAACAAUUUAGAAGCACUGACUAUAGAUUUGUUUAAUAAAAGACUUUAUUGGAGUCAGAGAUAUGAUGGAGGAAUAUUCAGUACAUCCACUGACGGGAAAGAUAAGAAAAGCAUUGUUACAACAGGAGUCGCCAAACCGCAAGGUCUUACUGUGCGUAACAAUCGAUUGUACUAUUUGGAUUCGCUCUAUGAGAACAUAGUUCAAGUGACCCUGCCAGAUGGAAACAAUCCUGUCAUCUUAGAGGACAAUGCUGCUGGAUUAAUCACAAUGAAAGUGUACAGUAAGCGACCAUCUUCUGACAAUCAUGAAUGCAAUAAAAACAAUGGUGGCUGCCAGCAGCUGUGUAUUCCCCUUGCAAAUAACAGACGAAGAUGUUUGUGUGGUACUGGCUUUCAAUCUAACGGGGAAACAGAAUGUAAGGCAUACCAAUCUUUUGCCAUUAUUUCUGAACUUGAGAAGGCUCGAGGAUUCAGUUUAGAGGAUCAUAGUGAGCCCAUGGUUCCUAUAUCUGGAACAGGUCAUAACAUCCUUCACUUGGACAUCCACUAUGCUGAAAAUGACAUAUACUGGGUGGAAUUCAAUCAAGGUGAAAAGAAUGGCAUUUAUCGCAUCAAACCUGAUGGAACUGACCUUCAGCACAUCAUCUCGGAUGGCAUUGGAAGCAAUGGCGUCAGAGGAUUGGCAGUUGAUUGGGUUGCUGGUAACUUGUAUUUCACUAAUGUCUUCCCUCAUGAGACCUAUAUUGAAGUGGCAUGGCUUGAUGGUUCAAAAAGAAUGGUGCUUCUUAAAACCACCACAGAUUCACCCAGAGAGAUAGCUGUAAAUCCAAUAAAGAAAUUCUUGUACUGGAUUGAUUAUGGCCAGUAUCCAAAGAUUGAAAAGGCAUACUUGGAUGGAACGAAUCGCAUUCCCAUUGUGGUCACUGGAAUCAGCAGUCCCAGAGACCUUGCAAUUGACAUUGAAACUCAUGACGUGUAUUGGGUGGAUUCAAAGGAAGAUGCUAUACAAAUGAUGCCCUGGAUGCCCCCUCCUCUCCGACCGUGGACGCCCUUCCGAAACCCCACACAUGGCGCCGGUCUUCUCCCUCCUCAUCGGCAAUCCCCCAGACGGCACACCACGGACGGCGGCCCUCUUCCUCAUCCUCCUCCACCUCCUCCUUGGAGCCACAGGAGGAAAUCAACAUGGAUGCCGUCGACCUGGACUUCGCCGCCCCGGACGACGCACGCCCCUCGGAUGCCAUCGGCCCGCCUGCCGCGAGUCGUUUUGUUGCGGCGGGUGAUGGGGACGUGA